AUAGAGGAGUCGAGGAGACAAUAUUCGACGAAUAUAUGGGCUGGAAGAAAAUCUGGGCUUUGCUUGGGAGUGCAGCAACUAGGAACGCCGUGUAACGGCUCGCAUUCUAUCCCGACUGUACCUCGGUCACGUCACAGUAUCAACAUCUCAUUUUCGACCGAGGGGAACGUUAUAUGGUACGGUUAUGGUAUAGAGUCGGCAUACAACUCCUCAUAUCCUCCUCCAACAACACUCGCGUAUUGAUCCGGCCAUGAAACAACAUAUCAACAUAUCGCAACCGUCAAGUCAAUUGCUGGCUUUGGCUCUGGUCGCCAGCUGGUUGGCUAUUACCGUACAGGCUGAUAGUAGCCUUGGUACUGAUGCUCCGGGCUCAUCACCAAAUUCAGGCGGGCCAUCUACAGCAUACAAUGACGCAGGUGCCUCGGGCAGCAACGGUGGACUAUCAAAGACAGCUCAGAUUGCGAUUGGUGUUGUCGUAGGGACCAUUGGUCUCGGAGCGAUCAUUGGUGGCAUAGUGUUCUUCUUCCGAAGAAAGAAGAAAUUGGAUGAAAAGAUCAAACGCUACGAAGCCAUCAACGCAUAUCACAGUGCACAGAGUGAUGCCAAACAACAACAAGGGAUGUCACUAAGGCAACAACGCUGCCAACGGCAGCGGGAGCGUGACGUCGAGCAAGGGAUGCUAGAGAUAUCUACACUUCCGAAAGACCAAACCCGGGAUUCUGUGAUGCCCAAAUACGACCCGUCAUCUUUUCACAGACAUCAAUAUAGCCUAGACUCUACCCGAGGAUUGUCGAUAGAUAUGCCGAGAGAACCUUUAAUUAGUCACCACCAAAGACAAUCGUCAUCUAUCUCAAAUAACAUCUGCAUCUCAUCAAUGCCACCCGUCCCACGGCUACAAAAGUCAGCAAGCAAAAGGUCGAAAGGGACAAUGGGUUACAACACUCAAUCAUCUACUGAAAACUCAGGGCAAUUACCGAACAAUUUGUCAGCAUUGGAUCAGCAGUCUUCUUCGAACAACCAAACUCUUAAGGGACCAAAAAAGCCAAAGCCGGCAUUGACUCGUCUUAUCACGAACCUAUAGACUGCGCGGAUGCAAAGGCUCACUCAUUAUGACUGUUACACAUUUUGCCUUUUUUGCAACGAGCUUGCAUCUGCGACCUUCGAUGAACGGUUUAUAGGGUCCAAUUUUCCAACAAUACUUCAUCGACUGCCUCCCGAGAGUGUUGUGUGAUUCGAUGGUCAACUAGACCUCUCACUAAUACCCAUAUAUGAAUACAUAAGACCUCCAAAGCACAACCUGGAUGAGGAUAUGGAUCCUUUUGAAUAACACCUAGGCACACAAUUGACAUGCCCUUGAUACCACUCGGAUUGAUCAUCAUCCGACAUCAUGACCUUGCUCUGCAACAUUUGCAUCAAACUGCAUAUUCACAUUCUGUUCUUGAUUAAUACUAGCGAUGGCGUAUCGGAAAUUGAAUUUCCUAGAAGGAAGUUAAUUACUUAUAAGGUUUAUGGGCGGUAUACUGAAAUAAAGUUACCUUUUACUUCUUUUUACCUCCUUUCAUGCAUACAGUCGUUAG